CAAAAAAAGGCGCCAGAAUGCAAAUGAAGCUCCACUUGUGCCGGGGGUGGAGUACCAGCAGCAAUGCCGACGACGACAACGCCACAUUACUCUUUCUUUGUAUGUAAAAGCACUGUAUAAAUUCACUUAUUCAAAAAGUACUCCACCCUCAACACAGGCGAUAGGUGUUUGCGGUUGUUUGCGUUUGUUUGUUUGCGUUAUUCCUCUUCCGGUGCCUGUUACACCUGGUCGGUCGGACAGCGGAACCACUUUGAGCCAGUUUGUGGUCCAGCACGGAGAGAAAGACACACACACACACACGUACAGAAACAACAAAAAACUGCUGCUUAUCUCGAGUGGUGGGGGGAGUCUUUUGGACGAAGAAAUGACACACACACACACACACACACACACACAUGAGGGGACACUUCACUCGCACAUCCAACGGCAAACGAUCACCGUUCUAAGACAUCCACCCAACAAGCAAUGUGUCAAUGCACCGGUACACCGCCGUAUGACAACCUUGAACUUCCUGCGGCACCGAACGCAACACGAACGGUGCACGAACCAACCCCAAUCUGUUGUGGUUGGGACAGGAGGAGGAGGAGCACUGGUGAGGAUGGUGACAAAUUGUGAAAUAAUAAAUUCAUACCGCUUCCUGUCCCUUUUCGUUUCCCCUUUUUUGGGGCGUGCAGAGUAGUGUGUGCGCAAAGAAUGCGGCACCGAGGGGAGUUCGGUGCACUCGCGAAGCCGUCAUCGAAAGCCACGCAAACACACGUGACUAGACAGUAGUGAACCCGACGCGGGGCGGUUGCCCUGGGAACGGGCUGCAGUCACGUGCAGCCGAGAGACAAAUGGCAAGAUCGUAGCAAUCGACGACGCUGACAUACCUUCCGCAUGCAUGGCACCGCUCAUCGAACGUUCGAACACGAUCCCAGUAGUCGUCGAAUGCCGGAGUUCAACGUGCUCUCUGCACCGGUCGUGAUGUGUGUCUGUGUUGGAGGAUAUUGGGAGCUGUUGAAAGAGACGCAAACAGACGCGUCUAAUGCCACCCGUGGGGUACCCGCGGCCGCGACAAGCUGGCAUCGAGCAGUUGACCUUACACUUGAAAUUGUUUGCCCAUUUGCACAGCGUGGCAGUCUGGUUGAGCCGCAGGGGGGCACAAAUUGCGACGGUAUACGGAGCUUUGGAGAACGCGCUGUAAUCAAUUCCUCAGAACGUUUCUCCCUUUACUGAGUGUCAUUGGGUCCACUGGUUGGAUGGAACGAAGGUAUCAAUUUUGUGCGAUGACGGUUGCCACACGCAUGCAGACGGGUGAGGGUAUUUUUAUUGCGAAUGUUGAAUGGGAUGUUUGCACGAAAUACUCGCAUCGAGUUUGGUGGACUCCCAGCUAGGAAGUGGAGAUAACUAUCGAAGGAUAGAAGUACGCGGGGGGACCGGGGAGGAAGGCUACAAGGUUACAACGAAUUGAAGGCUCAAUUGAUUUGAUUCAGACGAACAAUCGCAGGGAAAGGGAUCUGUGUUACUACAUCUCUUGCAUCCACUUUUACCCCCGGGGGUGGUGAUCUUAUUACCUUCCAAUACUGCAAUCCAAUGACAUUCGUUCCCAAACUUGGGCCUAUAUUAAAAACAAUCUCAUUUUUCACCUUUUUUGCGGAAGUUACCUCUCCGUGAUUUAUCUCCAUGAGCAUCGAAGAAGUCAACGACACCGAGGACGGUCAGUCGGUUGCCGCAUAUGCUGCACCUGUAAAUUGGACGUUAAACAGGUUGCUUGAACUUCGGCGCAGCAUGUUUGAAGUUUCGGUAAAUCACCGACCGCAGAGCAACUGGCAGCAGCUACGAGUUUGGCGCUGACCUUAGAGUGGCGUGUGACACCGGCUUGCAGCACGCAGCACGAUUAGAGGUGAGAUUGAAAAGCGUCUAAUAACAUCCGCACAUUGUCGGCUUAGGCCCAUCCGCUCGAAUCGGGGUGUGACCGAUAAGAAACCUUCAACUAUUUCGCGAUUUGUACACAGAACACAGCGCAGCAGCGAAAUAACCCUGCGCGCGAGCGCGUUUGCAAUGCAACUUCCGCUGAUUACGAUCCGCGGUGCAGUGCAGUGCCUGGCUCAUAGGUGCAACUGCAAACGCAGUCGCCCCUCCUCCCCCACACAGAAGUGUUGGUGGGACAAAGUGGGAACACGGUACCAUUGCGACGACGCCACCCAACCGCGCGCCGGCUGUCGAUUACUCAUCUGGCACGCUCCAAAACGGCAUAUGCAAACGGCGGCAACCGCGAACACGUGCUGCGAUGAGAAAGCAUGCUGCUGCUGCGCUCUCUCGUACACUCGCAGUGUGCGGUGGUCGGGACGGCGUUACUAAUCAUGCGUUGACACCGGCGAAGGUGACAGCAGCCACCGUUUUGUUCUCUGAGAGUGCGCUGCUUUUGCGCGCUCUCAACGGUAUUCUGCGCGCACAUGGCGUGCUGAGAUAAACAAUGCCGGCUUGUUGUGCUGCGCGUUUGGUGAGCGCGCUUGCGCGGAUGUUGCUGUUUUUGCCCGCCAAACUUCUCGCCUCUUAUAAAGCGUGCUUGCGGAAGAACAACAAUGGCGAGUUCGUUGUAGACUGCGUACCGCACCAGACGCACGAUUGGGACGCGUGGAGGAUAGCUUUUCGGAUCGUUUCAAUCGUCGCUUCAAUCAAACAGUUUCCUUUCCUGGUGGUGCUUCUACCAUGCUGCCGCUAGGAGUACGCAAUCGCUGGUGGUGGCGGGUGGUGGCGUCGGUUGUGUUGACCCUCAGCCAGCUGACGACCAUCGAAGGGCAGAUAAGUCUAUCAUCCGUGCCGUGCGGUAGACAGCAGCAGCGGAUCGUUGGCGGAGUGAACUCGAACCGUGGUCAAAUCACGUACAUCGCCAGCCUUACCAAGCGCGGUGGACACUUUUGUGGGGCUUCGAUCGUCAACGAUCGGUGGCUUCUAACUGCCGGACACUGUGUGUGCAGUGGCGUGAAUAAGAUACUACGCGCGAACCAAAUCCAGGCCGUGCUCGGACUCUACCGCCGGUCCGAAUUCGGUGGCAAUCAAAUCGACAGCGACCCAUUCUCCGACCGUGCGUACGAGGUCGGCAUCCGGACCAUCGUGCCCCAUCCCGGGUACGUCUGCAACAAACCGUCGAACGAUAUCGCUCUGCUGGAGCUGGCCCGGCGCAUCGACUUUAGCGCAUCCGUGCGGCCAAUCUGUCUGUCGAGCGGUGCGGAUGGGUCGGCCCGCGUCGAGGGCCAGACGGCGGUUGUGGCCGGAUGGGGCUGGCAGCAGGAAAACCGCAACCUUGGCGACAAGGCGGACACGCUGCAGCGGGCGGUGGUGGAUGUGUUUCGGAACGAGGAGUGCGAAACCAUGUACCGGCGGGGCAAUCGGUCGCGAACGAUUGCCCGGACGCAGCUGUGCGCGGGCAAGGGAGCGGGCGGUGUCGAUGCGUGCUGGGCCGAUUCCGGCGGUCCGCUGGUGACGAGCGACAACGUGCUGAUUGGCAUCGUUUCGACGGGGAUCGGUUGUGCGCGGCCUGGCUUUCCCGGAAUUUAUACGCGCGUUAGCGAGUACGCCAGCUGGAUCGUGACGGUGAUCGAUCGGUUGUCGCGUUGAACAGGCGAAGGGACAGGUGAAGGAGAAUCUUUUUUCAGUAUUAUGGUUUUGUUAGUAGAAGCAACACCAGUCCAUCUAGUCAGUUUUAUGCCAAUGCAUUUUUCAUCAUUUAUCAAGAUGAUGCUGUUUAAGAUAGUUUUAAGGUUGUUAGAAUGCUUAAAAUAAUUUAAAAUAAAAGCCAAUGGUCAA